AAACGGUGCUCUGCCUAGAUUAGGAGUGCAGUUGCAUGGUUUCUGUUGGAAAUUGGUAGUGAACCUUGGCACUGACAUUGGAAUCUAGUAGCACAAUGGCUAGACGGAAGGUAAAGGCAGUUCAAGCCCCAGCAUCGGCGGCAGGGUUAGCAAAAAGUUCGAAGAAAAGCAGGAGCUCCGGAAAAACACUGGGUUCUAGCCAACGGACACUGGGCGCAAGCCAACGGACACUGGGCGCAAGCCAACGGACGCCAAUUUCAAGUCAACGAUCACUAGUCCGCAGUAGCAGUAGCAAAGCGAGGAGCAUUGUGAAAAGAGAUAUAUAUGAAUCCGACAAUGAGGAAAGCGAAUGGGUACGUGAUAAACCUGUGGCCGCAAGUGGAUUGUUGAGAAAUCAACCUGGGGACCCUAUAGAGCCACAGAAGAGAAAACACAAGAGUGGUACUGUUGCAUUGAGAGAGAUCAAAAGGUUCCAAAAAAGCACUGACCUUUUGAUUAGAAAGUUACCGUUUGCAAGACUAGUCCGUGAGAUAGUGCAGGAAGAGUUUGGUAACGACGCAGAUUACCGUUGGCAGAGUGUGGCCAUUUUGGCAUUGCAGGAGGCCAGUGAAGCGUAUUUGGUCCACCUAUUGGAAGACACAAACUUGUGUGCGAUCCAUGCUAAGAGAGUAACGAUCAUGCAGAAGGAUAUCCAUUUGGCAAGAAGAUUAAGAGGAGAGUGAGUUUUGUUUGGAGAAGGCGUUUCUUUUCUUCCUAUCUCUAUCUUCUUUUCUGUUCUUGUUUCUGGUUUGCGGUUGUCAAUUUGUGAUCCUUCCUUCUUCCUGUCUUUUUUACUUCUCCCUUUAUUGCUUUUGACCUGUAAAAUGCAUUGCUUCUUGUGUGGCG